GGGCUGGCUUUGUGGAGCGCUGCAGCGGGUUAAGCCGUGCUUAACAAAGGAGGUCGGGCACAGCCACCCAAGCUCCCGGGGCUACCGGGCCGCCCUCUGCCACCAUGACCGCCAACGGCACAACCGAGGCGGUGCAGAUCCAGUUUGGGCUCAUCAGCUGCGGCAACAAGUACCUGACGGCCGAGGCGUUCGGCUUCAAGGUGAACGCAUCCGCCAGCAGCUUGAAGAAGAAGCAGAUUUGGACGCUGGAGCAGCCUCCUGAUGAGGCGGGCAGCGCGGCUGUGUGUCUGCGCAGCCACCUGGGUCGCUACCUGGCCGCCGACAAAGACGGCAAUGUGAGCUGCGAGCGCGAGGUGCCCGGCGCUGACUGCCGCUUCCUCGUCGUGGCGCACGACGACGGCCGCUGGUCGCUGCAGUCCGAGGCGCACCGGCGCUACUUCGGCGGCACCGAGGACCGCCUGUCGUGCUUCGCGCAGAGCGUGUCGCCGGCAGAGAAGUGGAGCGUGCACAUUGCCAUGCACCCACAGGUCAACAUCUACAGCGUCACCCGCAAGCGCUACGCACAUCUGAGCGCGCGACCGGCGGACGAGAUCGCGGUAGACCGCGACGUGCCUUGGGGCGUCGACUCGCUCAUCACCUUGGCUUUCCAGGACCAGCGCUACAGCGUGCAGACGUCGGACCACCGCUUCCUGCGCCACGAUGGGCGUCUUGUGGCGAGGCCCGAGCCCGCUACGGGCUACACGCUCGAGUUUCGCUCUGGCAAGGUGGCCUUUCGCGACUGCGAAGGUCGCUACCUGGCCCCGUCCGGGCCCAGUGGCACCCUCAAGGCUGGCAAGGCCACCAAGGUGGGCAAAGACGAGCUCUUCGCCUUGGAACAGAGCUGCGCUCAGGUGGUGCUGCAGGCGGCCAACGAGAGGAACGUGUCCACGCGCCAGGGAAUGGACCUAUCGGCCAAUCAGGAUGAAGAGACUGAUCAGGAGACCUUCCAGCUGGAGAUCGACAGGGACACAAGAAAGUGUGCCUUCCGCACCCACACGGGCAAGUACUGGACGCUGACGGCAACCGGAGGGGUGCAGUCCACUGCAUCCACCAAGAAUGCCAGCUGCUACUUUGACAUUGAGUGGUGUGACCGUCGCAUCACUUUAAGAGCAUCCAAUGGCAAGUUUGUGACUGCCAAGAAAAAUGGUCAGCUGGCCGCCUCAGUGGAGACAGCAGGGGACUCUGAACUCUUCCUCAUGAAGCUGAUUAACCGCCCAAUAAUCGUGUUCCGUGGUGAGCAUGGAUUCAUUGGCUGCCGCAAGGUCACGGGCACUCUGGAUGCAAACCGUUCCAGCUAUGAUGUCUUCCAGCUGGAAUUCAAUGAUGGUGCCUACAACAUCAAAGACUCCACGGGCAAGUACUGGACAGUGGGUAGUGAUUCCUCGGUCACCAGCAGCAGCGAUACCCCUGUGGAUUUCUUCCUUGAGUUCUGUGACUACAAUAAGGUGGCCAUCAAAGUGGGCGGCCGCUACCUGAAGGGGGACCAUGCCGGGGUCCUGAAGGCCUGCGCGGAGACCAUCGACCCCGCCUCACUCUGGGAGUACUAGGGCCAUCUGCUGUCUGCGGGUCACUCAUCCAGUCCCUCCUGCUAUCCUUACUCGCCAGGUGGCCCUGCAGCAGGUGGCAGCCCCUUGCCUUUCAAACUGGAAACCCGAGAGAAAAUGGUGCCCUCACCUGUUGCCCUCUGUGGACCCCCUUUCCCCUAAUUCUCUGCUCCCCAUGGGUCAGUAGCUGCAGACUGUCCCUGGGAGGGAUUUUGGGUCCCUCUGCACCCUUCUCUGCCAUGGGGCAUGCUGGCACCUUUCUUCUGACCUCAGACAACUCUGAGCCUUAUUUCCCCAGGAAGUGGCCUAGGAGAAGUUGGGUGGGGGGCCGAGGGAACUGCCCCCAUCCCUGAGCUUGUAACUGGAAGCCCUCCCCCCUAGAGAUCAUACCUCUGGUGUACCUGCUCUGGCCCCAGCACCUGGAGGCAAGCCUUUUGGUGGGACCGAUGCCCGGCAUGGCCUGGUUUACCCACAAGUUUUUUCUGGAUCAUGGCUAGAGAGCAGCCUCUGACACUGCAGAAGUACUGCCAGGCUCCCUGACUCAAAGCUAGCUGGGUGGCACUGCCAGAUUGCCCCUGUACAUUCUGGGGGUUGGGGGGGGACAUCUUGCUCCCUUCUCUUUCCUUUGCACCCUGGCCUGACUGGAAGCAGGAAAAUGACCAAAUCAGUAUUUUUUUUUUUUUUUUAAGGAAAAUGUUACUGUUGAAAGGGCCCUGGGCAAACCUGCCUGGUUGGUUGUAGCUAUGAGUGGUCUUGGGGGGUUGGGGGAGAUGCUUGACACCUGGCCUUCCCAGUGGGUUCCCUUCCUCUCUCCCUUCCUCCUGCCUGCCUACCCCCAGCCCUGGCCCUAUGAUUGGUGCUCCGUGUCUUUCUGACACCUCGGGGCUCCUGGGGUGGGAGAAAGCCAGGCACGUCCCUCCCUGGGAGCUCUGGAGUAAACCUCAGGGGGGCCCUUCCCAGAUACCCCAUUCUACCAGUUCCCCAACACCGUGCAUCUCACUCACUUGGGGUGUCUCAGUCUUUUAUUUUUUUGUAACUGUCAUUUGUAUAACUCUGAAGACCCAUGAUAGUAGCUUUGAACUGGAAAAUAAAACAACGCCAAGUCUGCAGCCUG